AUGAAGCAACUAGGCCUCCUCGAAACCAUGGAAAGUUUUCUUGUUGAGGAGGGCGGAAGUAGUAUCGUGGACAGCAAAGGCAAACCCAUCAUUUCAUUUGGUGUCAUUGGCGCCGGCGAGAAGGGAGGCACAUUCGACCUCACCUGCGAGUACGAAUUCAUGCGCGGGGACUUUGUCCGCAUGAUGUAUGAUACCAGUCUCCGCGAGCGUGAGAUUCUCACCUCCAGAGGCAUAACCCAAGGCAGUCUAACUUACGAGUUCAACACAACAAUCACAUCUCUCGACUGCUCCUCCCCCACCUCAACCACCGUCACCUUCUCCACCGGCGAAACAAAAACCUAUGACCUAGUCGUCGCAGCAGACGGUCAAGGCUCCCGUACCCGCCGACUCGCUUUCGGCGAAGAGGUGGAGGCAUCAUCUUUCAAAUCACUCAACGUUCACGCUGCAUACUACAAUGUCCCUCGCCUCCCCACCGAAGACUCCCUAGCACGCCUAUACCUGCCCUCACGCAACCGCGGCAUUAUGACACGCACCGGAAACAAACCCAUCACCCAAGUCUACCUCUUCCUCUUCAAGGACGCUCAGCGCGGCGCAAAAAUGCGCUCUGUACAACGCCAGCCCCUCGCCGACCAAAAAGCAGCAUGGAUAGAGCACUUUGAAGAUGCGGGAUGGGAUGCCCCUAGGUUCAUGGAGGGAAUGAAAAGCGCCAAAGAUUUCUACGCUACGGAAGUCCUUCAGAUACACAUGCCAGAGAAGAAAAUUGUUAAAAACAGAGUUGCUCUCCUUGGCGAUGCGGGAUACUGUCCCUCCCUGAUGACGGGCAUGGGAACUACACUUUCCCUUGUCGGAAUGUAUGUUUUCGCGGGCGAACUGGCAAGUCGUUCCGGAGAUGUAGACGCUGCGCUGGCCGCGUACCAAAACACAAUGAAGCAGCCGAUCGAAGAGGGGCAGAGGCUGAAUGGAAUGACGGAUGCACUUGCCAUGUUCCCAGCGUCGGAGUGGGGUGCUUGGGUGGCACAUACGCUUAUCUGGUCGCUGUCGAGUUUCAGAGUGGAUAAGAUGUUGGGGUGGCUUGCGGGCUGGUUGCCAAAGGGCAAGGAGGAACAGGGGUGGAAGGUGCCUGAGUAUCCGGCUCUAAAUGCAAAGGCGCCUGAGAUGGAGGUGCGGUGA